AUGGCAUCGAUUAAAUUAGAUCAAUUGGUUGAUAAGUUGGUGGAAAGUGCUCCACCAGGGGAAUUGAAAGAAGUUGGAGAAGGAUUAUCCAGUCUUGUUAGUUCUCCAGCUGUUAUCAAUGAAUCAUUAGAAAGUUAUAUUCAAAAGAAUGGAGCUGUAUUUUCAGGAAAAUAUAUUGCUUCAUCGUAUAAUAAAGAUGAAUCAUCAACUAAGUAUAUUGAUUAUGUUUCUAAGAAGAAAUUCAAUGUUGAUUUACAAUCGAAUCGAGUCACUGAUAUUGAAAGCUUUGUACCAUCAGUAACAUAUCCCCCAUAUUUUGAAGAUGUGGUUCUGACUUUAGAAACUUAUGGAGAAGACCAUUAUCCAUCAGGUUAUGCAUUCACUGUCAUACCUGUUAGUUCUAGUUCGGUAAGAAUCAUAAUAAUAGGUCAAAGAUUGAAUAAUGAGAAUUAUUAUACUGGACAAUGGAAAUCAAAUUAUUUAAUUGAUGGAUCUAAUGUACUGGGAACCGUUAAACUUGAUAUCCAUUAUUAUGAAGAUGGGAAUGUGAGAUUAAACUUUGAUGAAAAAGUAUCAACAAGUUUGAAUGGAUCAAUCACUGGAUCUGAAAUCGUUAAUGUCAUUAAUAAUGCUGAAAAUAAAAUCACGUUACAAAUCGUGGAUGAUUUCAAUCAACUUAAUCAAAAGUAUUUUAAGAACUUAAGAAGAUUGUUACCUAUAACCAGAUCCAAGAUCAAUUGGGGUAAUGCCAUUGGUAAUUAUAGAUUAGGUUCUGAUGUGGUUAACAAACAAUAG